AUGGAGUAUGUCGAUUGUGUUCGCCGUGGUACUAAUGAUAUUGAUAAUGCAGUAGCUCAUUUAGAUGAAACAAGGGUCCAACUCCUCCUUCUUAAAUUCCUUCUCGGCGGUGGCACUUUUAAACGAACCAAGUUCUUGUACGUGAUUUACACAGGGCCUAGGUGUAACAUCGUUAAGCGGGGACGGUGCGUUGAGAAAAUCGGUAAAUUUGUGAGCGAGCAUCUUAAAGGGGUUGCCGGUCUUUCUGCUACAGACAAAGCCUCCCUUUCUUUCGAAUCAUUAGUCAGUCAGUUCAAAAAAAUGUUUAUUGUUGAUGAUGGGGAAUUCUCGAUGGCUAAGAUUCGUCAAGAGCACCUGAAUCGUAUGGAGGAAGACAAAGCGAAAAUGCAUCAAGAAAAAGAAUAUGAGCGCAAAAUAGCUCGACUGAGAGCAAUUCAGGCACGUAGAGCGAGACGGCGUAAAAAGCCAGAAACCAUCCUUGGAAAGUGUAUUGAUCAAAAUGACGACGAGUCAGGCAAUAAAACGAAGAAUAUUAUGACUGCCAUUCGGGAAGAGAAUAAUACCGUAAAUUGGGUUGUUUUCUCUCCAGAUCCUGUAAGGCUCCAGGCGGUGAGCCACGGUUGCGGUGGUAUAUUUGAAUUAGUCAAAAACCUUCCUGACGACAAAUGGCUCUUUGGAUUAUUCAACAUCACCUUCUCAAACCCCGAAGGACGCGUGAGGCGCCUAAUAUUUUUCCAGUGGAUUGGCAACAGGGCAAAGAUAGUGCGUGACCGACGUACCUCUGCCGUCUACCCCGCUAUGAGCAAGCUUCUCUCGCCGUAUUCAUAUGAAAUCUAUUUGGUUGGGAAGACUGACCUUGUGCCAGCAGCAAUUAUUAGCAAAUGCAAGAAUGCCUUUAUUGAUCAGAAAAGUGAACCGAAAAAUAAGCGAAACAAACCAACCAAUUCUGUGCUUGACGAAAAAAACUAUACGGAGACAUUGAUAGAGGAUCAGGAACAUGUGCUUUUUGAUUGCAAAGAGUUUCAACCUGAGGAAAAACAAGCUGAUAUGGGACUCGUCCCCAUGGAUUGUCCCGAGAUGAGCACGACAACUUUAAGCGAUUCGUUUGAUAGCUGCACAGAACUCUACGAUACUGAGGAGACAUUGCGUUUUUUAAUGUCCCCUGAGGGUGGCCUGGUAUGGGCUAUCUUUGAGGUAGCCUAA